AUUUGGUGCAGACAUGUAAAGACGACGUUGUGGCUACCGAAAUAGCCUAGCAUGUAUUGGUUCGAGUCGGUGGGCGAUGCUGCUUCUCAAACAUCGCUUCCGUCGAACCCACCAAGGUUAUUCGAACUUCUUCACCUCAUAAUGUUACGUCAUCAACGCACAAGCCUCUUAGAACCGUCGUCUCUCCCAAACAAGUCUUCGUAACCACAGCCAUGAAGACACAAGAUAUGGAACCACCAGAGCACUAUCUUCCAUACAAUCCCAUUCGUCGUUUCGCAGAUGAGAUAACGCUGCCCGAUAACGCGGUAGACAAGUUCCCGAACAAGAUUGGCCCUAGAAUCAUAUUCCUCCCCGAUACGAAACAAAUCCUAAAGAUUGGUUAUGGUAUCACACGCUCGGAAGCGGAAGCGAUGCGUCUCUUGACCUCACAAACGUCCGUACCAGUCGCUAGGGUCGACCGUGUUAGCGAACGAGGAGACUCUGGGUACAUAUUGAUGUCGCAAUUAGAGGGACAGCCCUUGGCAGAUGUAUGGCCAGCCCUAACACCAGAAGCCCGAGCUUGCCUAAUGCAAGACCUACGAGGUUACAUUCAAGAAUGGAGAACACUUCGUGGCGAUUAUUACGGUGCUCUAGGUCACCAACCCUGUCAAGACAUCUUCUUUAAGCAUUUUCCAAUGCGUAAGGAAUCUAAUGUCGAAUAUGGACCGUACAAAACCCGGAGUGAAUACAAUGCCGGGAUCAAGCGCGCCCUGCAGAUGUCAAGGCCGCCUGAGACCUCUGACGCAAGAGACGAAGCUUUGCUAGACAAGAUCGAAACCCUCAAUGACUCCGUUAUUGUUUUCACGCAUGGUGACCUUCACCGUGACAACAUCUUAGUCAAAAAUGGAAAAAUCACUGGUAUUCUCGAUUGGGGUUCUUCAGGAUACAGCAUUAUGGAUAGGGAAUAUUACGAAGCACGAUCAAGAGCAAGAAACCCGGAAUGGAAAGCAGCUCUUGAGUCUGUUUUCGCGGGGGAAAUCGACAUGAUUACAUAUUCAAUUUUGGAGCAAGUUGACAAGGAACUUGUAGUGUACAGCGGAAUGUGAACAACUCUGGGUAGUAAGCUUUUUCGCAAGGGGCACAGCUCCUACUAUCUCCUAUUAGCAACCCAUCUACCCCCUAAUGCCUGUGCCAGUUCCGUUGCCGAUUUCCCCACAAGUCCAUCAACUCAUGCAGAAGUCUCUGGAGGAACCAAUUCCUCGGCUUCAAGAGCAAUCACAGUUCAUCGUCCAAUCUUGACACCGGUCUCUACCGUUCCUCGGGGGUGGCUCCUCGCUUAUGAUAGAAUGAGCUCGCGCAUAUUGACUGGCGGGAAUAGUAGCGACCUGAAAAUAGCCCUCGGAAUUUGGACUCAGGAUGGUAACGCCAUCGCGCCGAUCGAAUUGGUACCACAGACGGUCACGGUCUAGGAGCGAGACCUGUAAAAGAUUGCCUCUGUCUGCCCCGGCACCGUGGAACACAAUCGACUAAUGGGACCGGUUGUUAGGAUCGUCGCCUUCCC